GGAGUAAGAGGGAAGUGAGAAGCUGGGGUGGGGCCGGCUGGGAGGAAGAGCUGAGGCAGAAGCGGGAGGAAGAGGAGUGUGGGAAGGUGUGAGCAGGACUCGGGCCUGGGUGGUGGCCCCUGGGAAUAGGGCUGGCUGCCAAAGUCCAGAAACAAAGCCGGGAGCGGUGCUCCCUCGUCUGCUGUCCCUGGCGCCGUGCGCUAGGCUCCAGAUCUGAGACCAGCAUGUAUACCCCCGUCUCCCAGAGCUCUCCGUUCCCAGCCUCGGUGCAGGAUCCUGGCCUGCACAUAUGGCGCGUGGAGAAGCUGAAGCCGGUGCCCGUGGCACGGGAGAACCAGGGCGUCUUCUUCUCGGGGGACUCCUACCUCGUGCUGCACAACGGCCCGGAAGAGGUCUCCCACCUGCACCUGUGGAUCGGCCAGCAGUCGUCCCGGGACGAGCAGGGCGCAUGCGCCGUGCUGGCCGUGCACCUCAACACGCAGCUUGGGGAGCGGCCGGUGCAGCACCGGGAGGUGCAGGGCAAUGAGUCGGACCUGUUCAUGAGCUACUUCCCACGCGGCCUCAAGUACCAGGAAGGCGGUGUGGACUCAGCGUUUCACAAGACCUCCCCUGGGGCCGCCCCGGCUGCCGUCAGGAAGCUGUACCAGGUGAAGGGGAAGAAGAACAUCCGUGCCACCGAGCGGGCGCUGGGCUGGGACAGCUUCAACACCGGGGACUGCUUCAUCCUCGACCUGGGCCAGAACAUCUUUGCCUGGUGUGGCAGCAAGUCCAACAUCUUGGAGCGCAACAAGGCGAGGGACCUGGCCCUGGCCAUCCGGGACAGCGAGCGGCAGGGCAAGGCCCAGGUGGAGAUUGUCACCGAUGGGGAAGAGCCUGCGGAGAUGAUCCAGGUCCUGGGCCCCAAGCCUCCUCUGAAGGAGGGCAACCCCGAGGAAGACCUCACAGCUGACCAGACGAACGCCCAGGCCGCGGCUUUGUACAAGGUCUCAGAUGCCACGGGACAGAUGAACCUGACCAAGGUGGCCGACUCCAGCCCCUUUGCACCGGAGCUGCUGGUGUCCGAUGACUGCUUUGUGCUGGACAAUGGGCUGUGUGGCAAGAUCUACAUCUGGAAAGGACGGAAAGCCAAUGAGAAGGAGCGGCAGGCGGCCCUCCAGGUGGCUGAGGGCUUCAUCUCCCGCAUGCGGUACGCACCCAACACUCAGGUGGAGAUUCUGCCCCAGGGCCGGGAGAGUCCCAUCUUCAAGCAAUUCUUCAAGGACUGGAAAUGAGAGCACCCUUGUCCUCUUCCCCGGCUGCCCCCUCCUGCCUGCUUUGCCCUCCUCUGGCUGCAUGGUCAGUGCUGAGGCGCCCCCUGCGGAUGUUCAAUAAAGCAAAUGAGAACUUUCCCAGCCCUUCCUGCACUGCCCAUCC